GUUGCGAUCAAAUGCAUCCCAAAAGAUAMUGUGAAGUUUGUACCAUUUGUCUUCGAGGGGCAGGAACAUAAAAUCCCCUUUGAGGUGCUCAUCAUGGUGGGAGCAGGAGGUCCAGCAGGCUUCGUAGGCAAAUCUGCAGUCGUACAGUUAUUAGAUUGGUACGAUCUGGGCGAGCAGGUUUUCCUGGUCAUGGAAAGACCGGUCCCCUGUGUCGACCUGGUUGACUACGUAGAGGACAACUGUGGUCAACUGGACGAGCACAAGGCAAAGAUCAUCAUGAAGCAGCUGGUGGAGGCAGCCAUAGACAUGCACGCCAUGAAAACGUUCCAUCGGGACCUCAAACUGGAAAACAUCCUGAUCCAAACCACUUCUGAUGGUCCUCGAGUGCGGAUCAUAGACUUUGGAUGUGGCUGCUAUGCAMAAGACGGCCCUUACCACUCSUWYUCUGGAACCAGUGYGUWUGCUCCUCCAGAGUUUUUUUCAACUAACAGUUACGAGGCCGUCCCCACCACAGUCUGGCAGUUGGGUGCGGUGCUGUUUGAGUUGUUGGAUGGAAGCRUAGARUUUGACACCAGAGCCUUCAUCCGCAGUGAGGUGAAAAUCAGCAAUGAGCUGUCCCAAGAGUGCCAGGAUCUGCUGAACAUGUGUCUGGCUCCACAUUCUGACAAACGUGCAACACUGGAGCAGAUACGGGAGCACCCCUGGUUGUCAUGUUCCUGUGUGAACUGUGACAAAUGAAUUAUUAAUGCAUUAGUGUGUGUGUG